AUGAACAAAAUUGGUGUAUAAAUAUACCUGUUAGUCCAACUUUUAUUUAUGUGUUUAGCAUGUCCAAGUGGAUGUAAUAGCUGCUACUUAGACCUUAAAGGCGUUGAAAGAUGUUAGGAGUGUUAAACUGGGUUCUCUUACUUUGAGCAAACAAAUAUUUGUGUGUAGGAGAAAUGCGAAGUAAAUUAAAGCAGUUUUGAGGCAAAUAAAACUAUGGCAUGCAUGUCAGUAUGCCCUCAAAGCUUUGUGUUAGAUUCUACUAGCAAUAAAUGUAUUUCUGCAAAUAGUUGUUCAACUUAAUAUCUUUAGCUCUCUUCGAUCUCAAAUGGAUAGAAGAUAAUUGAUGCUUCUUUUGAUUAAGAUGGAUAUAUUUAAGUUAUCUAUAGCUAUUUUGUAAAUAAAAUUAAUGCUUAUGACGGUUCUUUUAUUCGUUAAUACUCAUUUAACCUAAGCUUGAUGCUGAUUAAAUGCAUAAAUUAGCAAAUUUAUCUUGUGACAAAUGAAAAUAAAGUGUAUUUUUGGGAUUAAAUUAACCAAAAAAAUGUAAUAUGCUCUGUGAUUUAACAAGGAACUGUUAAUGCUUUAAGUGAUGUUUUACUUGUUAGCAAUAAUCAAAGUAGAAGUUUUAUUACUUCUUUUUAAUAGUAAUAAAAUAAAGUUUUCUUUACUGAAAUUAAUGCAGCAAAUAAUAAUCAAAGUUAAUUAGAAAUUAAUUUCUUGAAGAUUUUGAUGGUGAUGGAUUAAAGAAAUUAAAUGAGUAUUAUAAAUAAUAAUUUUUAGAUUAUAUUGUAGAAUGUUUAAUAGUACGGAAUUCUAGUAGAUGUUAAAAUGUAUGAACCUGAUAUAUUUUUUACAUUAUUUUAUUCAAGCCAGUCAAAUCUAGCAUAUCCAUGCUAAUUUGGGUACUUAGAAAUAACUUAGAAUGGAGUCAUUUAAAGACCAAUAACUUACACUAUAGUAUCAAUAAAGCUUUCUAUUGUGAGAAAAAUUACAGAUGAUAAUAACUAAGAAAUAUACUUAUUCAAUGGUAUAUUAGCUUUUAGUUAUACUCUAGUAGGGUAAAUAAAAUGGUAUAAAUAAAGUGGAAUUUAACUUAGAGGUAAUCAAAACUAUAUUAUAGGCGAGACUAUUACCUAAGAAAUAACAAAUAUUUAAAACACGAUUAGUUACGUAGGUGCAGCAAGCGGAUACUUGGGUGUUAGUCCACUAAAUUAAGAUUAUCCGAUUUAAAAAGUUUAUUCUAUACAAAAAAUGUACAGCUAAGACACUAUCCAGUUUAUCAAAAGAAGUUUUAAAUUAGGAAGUUACUACGUCAUCAAAAUUUCUUCUAUAUAAAUUUUUAAUCUUUUUUCUAACGAAUUGAUUGAAUAAAUUAACUUUGAUCUUAAAAUUUCUACCAACCCAGAUAGCUUUGAAAACAUAGUUGAUCUUUAUAUUUCAGAUAAUCUUGGCAUAUUUUUGUCUUUUAACAGGUAAUAAAUAAUUGUAAAAGAUCAAAUAAAUAAUCUGAAUUACACAAUCAAAUAGAGUUAAAUUUCUAAUUCCUUGAAUUAAAUUUAAGGCUGUUGGAUAGACGAAACAUAUUCUAAGAUACUUGCAUAUGGAAAAAUUCUAGUUGAAUUUAAUUUAGAUUUAAGCAACAUGAAUAAUUUAUCACCUGCUGGUCAUUUUAAUUAUGAAAUCUGCUUUUUUAUGGUAUAAUUUGUGGUAUGUAAAAUAAAUACUAAUUCUAUUUCAAUAUAUGAUAAACUAUAAUAAUAUAAAGUCUAAGCAAAUAUUUUAAUAUAAACAUUGACUUUAAAGAACUUUAAUCUUUAAAUUGAUUAAAAAUUGCAAUAUAUUUUUGCGUAUUAAAAUUAAAUUGAAAUUUACAACUUUUAAGGAAGCUAUUUAUCAAGUAUUAAUGGCUCGAGCUAACCUAUAUUUUAAUUUGAUAUCUGUUCUAGUUACUUAUUAGCAUAUACUCCAUCAGCUGCAAUGAUUAUAUCAAGAUAAACUUUGUAGAUCGUUAAAAAUAUUAUUCCCAGUAUUGGCUAGCUAAGAAAAGGUUUUUAUUUCCCUUAAAUAAACUUGAUUGCUUAUCAAACAAAUGAAAUAACUACUGGCUAAAUAAAAUUUUUUAGCUUAAAUACUCUACAACCUUAAGGAAGUAUUACAUAGCCGUUUAAACCUAAUGGAGUAGGAAACUCAUUAGAUGCAAAAUACGACUAAGAAAGUAAUGUGAUUUUUUAUGUAGACACAUAUGGUAAUAGCUAAAUUGCUACAUUAGGCUCAACUGUCUCUAAUCAAAAUAUAAUCGGAAUCAGCGAGUUGUAAUUGUAGCAAACAGCACCUCCAGUUGAUUAUUUCUUAGAUUUUGAUAUGAAUGAAAUUUUCAUCCAUAAUGGUUAAUAUAUUUGGAGACAAAGUUAUAAUAUACAGACCAAAGUUUAUUAAAGAGUUUACCAUACAGAAAAGUAGUUUUAUAUUUUAAUUUAGAGCUAAGCAAAUAGUUUGUUGAAUUCCAUACUUGUAUGUGAUAACAGCUAUAAUCUAUUCCUUUAUGAUCAACAAAAAAUGGUUUUUAUAUAACGAUUCUAAGAUUAAGUAACUGACAUGAAAUAAUUUGUUUAGUUCAAUUAAGUAAUUAAUAUUGUUGCAUUUUCCUCUUAAUUUUUUACAUAUCAAUUUAAUUAAAAUUAUUUGAUAGUUACUACUUUUAACUUUACAAAUUUAGACAAUCAAAAUCAAAAACAGAAUAUUCUUUUGGUUUCAUUGUCUUCAGGUGAACUAGCUAGUUCUAAUAAUGUCACAAGGAAAUAUCAUACAAGUAGACAUAAAUAGCAUGAAAGCAACAAAUUCAUAAAUAUUCAACCAGAAAGCUCAAAGCAUAAACUAGAGUUAGAAUUAGAGUAAAGGCUCUAACUUAAUAUUGUUUGA